GAGUGCCUACCUCCCUCUGCUCUGGACUUGACACAUCCAGCCACAAGCUAUCACUCCAUCACGGCGAUGACGAGGCUGUACCCACCCAUCACUCUCUCUCGACGCCACCCACCUUCAUAGCCCCCCCUCCCCCGAAUGUCACAUUCGCACCUGGACCCGCGCUCUAACCAUCCGCCUCGCAUCGUGCUGCGACAUGCUCUGCAGCGGGCCACUCAUGCUCCAAAGAAACCGAUCGUGGCCGACCCGGCGUUGGCUGAGGAUGCUGCUGCUGCUGCUGCGGCGGCGGCGGCCUCGUCGGGCAUCUGCCAGCACUGCCGACAGCAUCUCGGACACAAAAGCAGCGCCUCCGAUGCCCAGCUCAACGACCGCACCAUGCGCAAGAUGAUGGAUUUGGAAAUCUCAAACACCUCCCUGCUGGCUGUCAACGCCUCGCUCGAGUCGACGAUCCGGCAGCAAGCCCAGUCGAUCGAACGACUAAAGCGCAAGCUGGAGAGGAGACGCCGAGACAGCGGUGGCGAGCCCUCCGAGGAAGAACUGGACUCUGUUCGGUCUGAAGAGAACCCCGCCUCCCCUUCGUCGGAGCCCUCGGACGACUGCACAUACGAGACCAUGGCUGCUGAGGCAUCUGCAGCCCCUGCCGAAUCUGUACAAAGCCCGGAGCCGGCCGAGGACGUGGGAUCCAACGAGCCUGAGCUGGAUCCCAAUGUCGAGUUGAUCUACUCCCGAAUCUGCCUGACGUUCAAACAGCUGAUCGACGAUGCCGAGCGCGCUGUUCACUACCGGGCACCCCUGUCGAUUGUUCCCGAAGAAGAGCGGCCCAGGCGCGAGAAGCUCUCGUUUGAAAACUCGGCGACGUGGCACUGGAUGAAUUCUCGAGCCAAUGUCCCGGUUGCCGGCGAUGUGUCCGACGACUAUACUCAAUCGGACCAAGAGUCGAUUGCCGGCUCAGUACCGCCGGCAUCCCUGAUGGAUGUGUCGUUUGUCGAUGUUCCGCCUCCGGCCGAGAUGUCCACAUCGCCGCCCACCAGCACACCCUCCAUGUCACGCCAAAAGUCCAAGGUGUCGACACUGUCGAGCGCACUCAAAUCACGGUCGGGCGACCCGCUUGUGUCCAAGAAAAAGUCAAGCGAGCACAACAGCACCACCGCCACAAUCACAGCCACACCCCUGAAGAAGAAGAGCAGCUGGCCCCAGGCCAGCACUGGACCCAGCACGACAUCGCUUUCGUCGUCGCCGUCGCCGUCGUCGUCGCCGCUGACCUCUGCAAGUGCCGCAGUCCGGGGUGGCGCCAAGUCGCUUACGGGACUGUUUUCCAAGCCGCACUCUGCGCGAACAGGAACCGUCGGUCGGCUGACAUCGUCCGGCGGCGUUACUCCGCAGCGGAUUCGGAGCUCGGCCGGCGGCAACCAGCUUGCUGGAAGCGCAGCCUCGCCGUCGGCGCGGCAGGCCUCUGCCGGCGAAUAUCCGGCCGGUGGCUCUGCCCAGCAACUCGACCCAAAGGCCACGGCGCUGCUCAAGGAGCGACUGGAAACAGCCAUGGUGCUGCAUGGAAUCACCGAGACCACCUAUCCAGAUGCCGGGACGCUUGGGAACGACGGGUUUGUGUCGAUACCCACCGAGAUCUUGGAUCAGUUUGUGCAACUCCUGGCUGCAAACGGCAAGCCGUCCCUCCAGAGCGCACACCAGCCUGUCAUCAAGUCCAAGAAGCCCGCCCCGUCCACAGGGCACUAUCUGGAUGACCCCUAUCUCGACCUGGACUCGCACCACAAACGGCAGUGAACCAACCAUCCCAAGCAAGUCCGGUACUUUCGUAUCCCUGACGGUCGUUUUUGGGCUACCUAGCUCUGGGACCCAAUUCCGACCACACAUCUGCCACCUCAGCGGCAACACCCGCUCUCGCCCCUCAAGUGCAAAGCGGCCAAAGCAGCGCUCGCCAAGUGCCCUUGCUCCCCCACCGCUAUGCUCGGGACGGGAUAGUCUGGAGCGCUGUCGAUUAGCCUUGACCCGCGUUGC